CUCUGUCUCACUUUCUCUCUCUUUUUUCCAUGUGUCUGAUGAAAGGCUUUUUACCCCAAACGUAGCAGGGUUACCCCAACUGCUCAGAGCCAGGCAAACUCUAGAGGCCAGAACUCACUGGCGGCUUCCCACAACAAGUCCGAUCCCUCUCUCUGCAGCAACAAUGAACCUCAGAGCUCCAGUGAAGUGGACCGUCCCUGUCUCCGUUGAUGAAAAACUUGCCAUGCCCCUCAGUGCUCAAACCAGACCUGAGAUUCCACUUGGAUUGUUGUGUUGAUCUAAAGGAGUAGGAUGAUGAUUGAGCUGCAGAGCCCUGACGAAGGCGGCGGUAGCAGCAGAAACAUGGACGUACCGAGCACAGAGGAGCUGGAGUGUAAGAUCUGCUACUGUGCAUACAACCUGGGGAGUCGUAGGCCCAAGGUGCUCGAGUGCUGCCACCGUUUGUGCUCGAAAUGCCUCGCUAAGAUCUUGGACCUUGGGGAAUCGCCCCCAAACGGUGUGGUGUGCCCUUUUUGCCGCUACGUCACCCGACUACCAGGGGAGGCAGUGGGUAACCUGCCGGACGACUGCAACCUGGUGGCAGCGCUGGCCCUCAAGGGCAGGAACCAGAGGAACCUCCACCUUCACCAAGAGGUGCCCACGGAGCUGCUUCUCAACCCCAGACACCUGAGCUCUCUGAUGACUCUACCCACACCUUCGUCCUCCUCCACGUCGUCCAGUAACACCACCUACUCCUCCAUCCGAGGCUCUCCUAACUUUGUUGUCAUCACUAUCAUGGAGCCUCCUCCGGCAUCCACGUCGGCCCAGGACCUGCACCUCCACCGGCUGAACGGGGGCUACCGCUCCUCCAGUCUGGACUCCAUGGCGUCCAUCACGCAGAGGUGGACCGUGUGGAACUGUGCAGCCCUCCUGUGCCAGACCUCCGCCCGGGCUCUGGUGUGGGUGCUGGGGCUGCUGUACUUCAGCUCGCUGCCCAUGGGGGUCUACCUGCUCAUCAUGCAGAGGACAACACUCGGGGUUCUUCUUGUGAGCCUGGUUCCCGCCAGCCUGGUCAUGAUCAUGGUCUACGGCCUCUGCCAGUGCAUCUGCCAUGAAUUCUGGGACUGCAUGCCACCGUAAUUAGACAAAUAUGCAAAGGUUUGCUUUGAGUACGCUUGACAAAAGAUCAGAGGUUGAACUAUGGCCUGUUUCCACAGGACUACUACAGGGUACCUCAUGUGAUUCAGUAAAUACCUGCUCACAUCCGUGUUUCAUGUGGCCCAUUCGCUGGGAUAAGUGAAGCCUGUUUUGAUCUAAUAUACUAUCACCUCUAGAUGCCUACCUUUAAUAUGCUGCCAACUGAUAUGCCUGUUAUAAAAUGUUAUUUGUUUUUUGAGGUUUUGGUAAUUAAAUUUAGUUUCACAUCUUUAA